UGAGGCGGAGCGGGGAGGGGGGGGAGGGGCCGCGUGGGUCCAGAGACGGGGGGCGACGGAGGGACUUCUACGCUGAAUGUGUGGAGAUGAGCGGCGCCUUGGAGCCGAGCAGACACAAGUGGUUCAAGGCAAACAUCCUGGAGAGGUGCCGGCUCCAGAAGAAGCUGUCGUCGUGCCCCAGAGCCGCAGGCUCAGAUUUGGAGCCCAGCGCCGAAAGUGACGCGGCCUCGCAGCCUGAUGCGGAGCCAGAGGAGGAGGAGGAGGCGGCGGCCGACGAGCCGGAUGGCGACCAGGAGCCUGCGAAGGAGCAGGACCUGCAGGCGCAGCUCGACGCCAUGAUGACGGUGCUGAGCUCAUCGGCUGAGGUGGGCCAGCUGGUCCUGAGGAACACGGACCUGACCGACGACCACCUGCUGAGUCUGGCAGGAGCUCUGAAGAGCAGCCGGUCCGAGGUGACGCUGCUCAACCUCAACCUCAACCUCAUCGGCCCGUACGGGGCCCACAUCCUGCUGGACGUGCUGAGGGCCAAGCCUGGGGUCAAGGGCCUGCACCUGUUCGGGAACAGACUGCGCGACCAUGGAGCGCUGGCGCUGUUGAUGGGAGUCGCGGAGCUGCAGGAGCAAACGGCGAGAGCCGCCGCCGCCGCCGCCGUCCAGCUCCACGCGGAGCUCGGCGCCGUCCUGCAGCCGCCCCCCGGGUGGAGCCCCCUCAGGGCCUUCACGCUGCUGGAGCUGGACGUCGGGGGCAACGGCCUGGGCAGCGAGGGCGUGAGGGCGCUGGCCUGGUUCAUGCGCCACCACUCGCAGCUCCAGUACCUGGGCCUGGCCCAGAGCAGCGGCGCCGACCUGGCGGCGUGGAGGGAGCUGUUCCACAGCAUGCGGGGCAGCGCCUCGCUGGCCCACGUCAUCCUGGACCAGAACCGGCUGGGCGACCCGGGCGUCAGGCUGCUGGCGGACGUCCUGAGGGAGAACGCGGGGCUGCGGGAGCUGGACCUGGACGGCAACGACAUCAGCGACGUGGGAGGCAACGACAUCAUGGGGGCGCUGCUCUGCAGGACGCAGGCUCCGCUCAGACACCUGAGCCUGGAUGAAAACAACAUCAGCGCCGGAUUAAUGAGCCGGAUACAGGAGGAGGUGAAAUGCAAAUGAGGAGGUGGGAGAAAACUCUGGUGAACUGUAAUAAACAAAGCACAGACUCGGUCCCAGUUAGAGGUCAGAGUAGAAGAAGCUGACACACACUUACACGCGCACACACAUGCAGACACACACACGUACACGCACACACACACACAUACAUGUGCACGCACACACACACACACGCAAGCACACACACACACACACACACACACACACACGCAAGCACACACACACACACACACACACACGCAAGCACACACACACACACACACACACACACACGCAAGCACACACACACAAACACACACACGCAAGCACACACAAACACACACAUACAUGUGCACGCACACACACACACACACACUCAGACCUGGCAGGUGUGUGGGCGCCUGCUUUGGUCUGGAGCCUUUUCAAAGCGCUCCAUGAACGGCACCUUUCUUCUUCCUGGUGACUUUUCGCGUUCUCCUUCUCGUCUCCCACCAUCGUUGCCCCUCGCGACUCCACACCUCCUCCUCGGCUAAAAGCGACUGCGCUCCUCCUGUCGUUUUAGCGUGUUAUUUACUGCCUCUGCGUGAUUCAUUCCACCCACGGCGUGAGCAGGUCACGGAUGACUUACCCACGGCGUCUCUCCAUCAUCACAUCCUUCUCUCUCGGAUCCAAAGCGAGUGCAUGAGACGCCCUCACUUUGUCGUCCUCGUCGUUCCUACUACACACUGCUUCUAUUCACAACCUUAAAAAACACAACUAGGCCGCCUUGGUGUGGAUUUUAGGGGCUGUCAUCUCAUUGUUCCAUCAACGCCGACAUACUGAAAAUAACUGUACCUGAUCAAAGCCCGUCAGAGUGCUAAUUAUCUUCUCCUCUCACGGCUGCCACGGGUGAUUCCUCUGAAACCGAUCCCUUCACGUUUCGUAUCUCGUCUGUGCGAAUUCCUUUCUGUGGAUCCCGAUAAAGCCGCUCGGCAAAUCCCUGGGAGGACGACAGAUAAAUGAGACACCUGAAGAUUGCAUCUGCGGAGGUUCUGCUCCUCUGAGGAGGCAGUGUCUAGUGUGGGCUCUGCACCUUGAACAGGGACGUUUACUGGGAGCACUGGGACGCUCAGAUGUCCCUUUAAUGUCCUCGCCUGUAACAUCUGCAGCGACUGAGCACGACUCAAGCAGGAGCCGCCCUGUCGUCCACGGCUCCUCCACUGAGGCCUUCAUGCUUCACCGUUACAACAGACCUCGGAUCAGUGACCCCAUUGUCUCGCCGCUCACGUUAUCUGAAUUCGGCCUGAAACAAAUCCCGCCGUGUUACAAGCUUCUUUCAGCUGCUCUGCCCCAAAGCAAUCUGGGAAUCACAGAGGCUCAAUCUGUCAGGACUUUACAGUUUGCUGCAGAGCCAGUUUCACCUUUCAGGCCUUGGCAGGUACUGUAUCGCUGGUGAGGCCUCGCUCAGGGUGGCGCUAGUCGUAGCUGGAUCUGAUGCUGCAGACAUGUGCUGUAACGUCUGGGGAGCUUCUUGACCUCCCAGUGCAGAAACGCAGCAAAUAAAGUCACUUCCUCUCAUGGGAGGUUCAGUAAUUCAGACUUCCUUAAGUUUCUCCAUCAGAAUUUUCCUGUAGCUCCAUCUUCUAUUCAAGCGCUUUCUUUACAGCAUUUGGUUUUGAUAAUCUGUACAUAUGCAUCAUGAAAUAAAAUAUCAUCCAACUUG